AUGAAGUUCCAGGCUGUCCUUGUCUUCUUUGCCGGUGCUUUGGCUCUUGCCGCCCCUAUUGAAGAGCGAGACCUCCCUGUUGUUGGAACUCUUGGGUUUGCUAACGUGGCAUUUUUGUCCCUAUCAGAAAUCAGCAAAAGGCGCUCUGGAGGCCUUGUAAAAGGCUUGCCCUUGGCUGGAGGCCUCCUUGGAGGUGGCGCUGUUUUGAAAUCCUAUCUUACAUCGGUGAUAUCAUAUCGCUCUUUGGUGGGUGUCAAACAAAACAAGCAUUUGCUGACAGCAAAAACCGUGACGUAUAGUAAAUCAGUGAACGGUAUCAUGAGUGACUUUGCCGGAAAAGUCAUGGAUUCCAGGGCUUCUCUUCUUGUUAUACCUUUUUUUAGUGUCUAUGGUGAAUUGCUUAAACAUUCUGCAAUGUGGAAACUGGCCAAGUCGGAAUUCUGGUAA